AUGUCAGAGAUUGACCAGCAAGAGCCUAUCGCCAUUAUUGGCGCUGCAUGCCGACUCCCCGGUGAAGUUUCGUCUCUGGGCGACUUGUGGGAUAUGAUCAGCCAUGAGAGAACUGGUCAUGGCAAGAUCCCUGCUGAUCGUUGGGAUGCCGAUGUCCUAUACCACCCGGACCAGGACCGCAAGGGAUCCAUGGCUGUCAAGCACGGUUACUUCCUCAAUCAAGACAUCAGCCACUUCGAUGCGCCGUUUUUCUCAACAACGGCUAAGGAGGCUGCCUCCAUGGACCCAGUCAAGAGGCUUCUUCUCGAGAUCAGUUAUGAGAGCAUUGAGAAUGCUGGUAUACCUGUGGAGAGUUUGAUGAACUCUCAAACGGGUUGUUACGUUGGCUGCAUGACUGAUGACUAUGAGUUGUUGUCACUCCAUGACAUCUACGACCUCGGCCAUACUGCUGCCUCGGCCAUCAGUGAGGCUAUGACUGCAAACAGGGUUUCUUGGUUCUUCGGUCUCCGUGGCCCUAGCUUGACGCUGGAUACGGCCUGCUCCUCAAGUUUGUAUGCACUACACUUGGCCUGCCAGUCGUUGAAGCUCAAGGAGACCAAUAUGGGUCUUGUUGCGGGAGUCAACCUGAUUCUUAACCCGAACACGAUGCAUCAGCUCUCCGCCAUGCACAUGUUGAGCCCUGAAGGAAUCUCUCACACCUUCGACGACCGCGCCAAUGGAUAUGGCCGUGGAGAGGGUAUUGGAUGUCUUGUUGUGAAGCGUCUUUCUGACGCUAUUCGAGACGGCGAUACUAUUCGUGCUGUGAUUCGUCAUACUGGUGCCAAUGCGGACGGUAAAACGCCUAGCAUCACCCAGCCCAGCUCGGACGCUCAGGCUGAGCUCAUCCGGAGAACUUACGAUGCGGCCGGACUUCCCUUGUCGUCAACGCAGUACUUCGAGAGUCACGGAACUGGUACACCCGUCGGAGACCCCAUUGAGCUUCGAGCUAUUGCAUCAACCCUAGGUGCAGCUCGAACUGCGGAGGGACUUGGUCCUCUCUACGUGGGCAGCAUCAAGCCUAGUGUCGGUCAUACUGAGGGUUGCUCAGGUUUGGCUGGUGUUUUCAAGGCCCUCAUCUGCUUGGAGAAGGGCAUGCUCGUGCCAACAUAUGGAGUUGAGCGGGUGAACCCUCAACUGACCCUGAAUGAGUGGAACAUCAAGCUGCCGUCAUCAACCAUGAAGUGGCCCAGUGCCGGCCAACGCCGGAUCAGUAUCAACUCUUUCGGCUUUGGUGGCGCGAACGCACACGCCAUUCUCGAUGAUGCCUACCAUUAUCUCAAUACUCGCGGUCUGGUCGGUAAUCACAACACCAGAGUUCACGUUUCUAGUGAGAACUCUUCCGAGUCGGGUAUCAGCUUGGGACCCGAAACGCCAAUGAGCGAGCUCGACCGCAGAGCAGCGUCUCAACUGUUCGUCUUCUCCACCAAGGAUCAGACCGGCAUUCAGCGCUUGUCAUCGUUGUACUCGAAUGAGCUCCCAAGCUCUAGCUUCGAUAAAGAAGACACUCGAUACCUCGGAAACUUGGCUUACACGCUCGCUGUUCGACGUUCGCACCAUGACUUCCGCAGCUUUGCUGUAGCCUCGUCGCUUGCUGAGCUCAAGACACAGCUUUCCAAGGGUCUCCCCAAGCUGAAGCGCUCCUCACGCCAGGACAACAACUUGAUUUUCAUCUUCACUGGACAGGGUGCCCAGUGGCCGGCGAUGGGCAAGCAGCUCCUCAGCAACCCUGUAUUCGCAGAGAGCGUCAAAAAGUCGCAGACAUAUCUCGACCAGCUCGGGUGUGAGUGGGACGCUAUCAAGGAGUUGUCAGAGGAGGAGCGCUCCAAGAUCUCGCUUCCAGAGUUCAGUCAGACCCUUUGCACCGUCCUCCAGGUCGCUUUGGUAGACCUGUUGCGUCACUGGGCUGUCAUGCCGAAGGCAACAGUCGGGCAUUCAAGCGGCGAAAUCGCCGCCGCCUAUGCCGCCUCCUACAUUUCUCACGCUGAUGCUGUUAAGAUCGCGUACGUCCGCGGUCUGAGCUCCAGUCUUCUCACUCGCAAAGGUGCAAUGAUGGCCGCUGGCUUGUCCAGGGAGGAAGCACAGGUUUAUCUUGCCCGAGUUCCUGAACAUUCAGCCGUUGUCGCAUGCAUCAACAGCCCCUCUAGCGUGACUCUUUCCGGUGACGUCGAUUCUAUCGAUAUCCUCGAGAAGAUAAUUUCGGCAGACGGAAAGUUCGCUCGCAAGCUGAAGGUCAAGACGGCCUAUCAUUCCCCGCAUAUGCUCGACGUCUCCAAGGGCUACCUGGAGCGCAUUGGUCACGUCGAGGCUCUGGCCGGCGGUGACACCGUCAUGUUCUCGUCACUUACCGGAAAGCAAGUCGACCCUCAGGAGUUGAACGCCCAGUACUGGGUGAACAACAUGUGUGCCCCCGUUCAGUUCUCAGCGGCACUCUCGUCCCUCCUUUCCCACACUGCUGUCUCCGCCACAGGUCGUGGCAAGGCAAUGCCAGUUCGCUGGAAUGGUUUCAUCGAGGUUGGGCCACAUACUGCUUUGCAAGGUCCCGUGCAACAAAACAUUGCCGCCAGCAACAGCAAAACGGCCAAGGAAGCCCCAUACAUGGCGAUGGUUCUGCGUGGAAAGGACGCCAAUGACACCGCCCUGACAGCGGCUGGCAAACUUUGGGCGAUGGGAGUUGCAGUCAACCUCUCUGCCGUUAGCGGAGCUGACCGCACGUCUGUCAUGAUGGGACCCCAAGCUUUGACGGAUCUCCCGCCAUACCCAUGGAACCACGGCAGAAGCUUCUGGCACGAGGCUUACUCGACUAAAUCUAACCGCUUUCCGUCAGCUCCUAGGACCGACCUCUUGGGUGUCCCAGAGGAUCUUCAGAACAGCUUGGAGCCCAGGUGGAAGAACUACCUUAGAAUCACCGAGAACCCCUGGAUCGAGGACCAUAAGAUCACCGGCACCAUUCUAUACCCUGCUGCAGGCAUGCUUGUUAUGGCGCUCGAGGGAGCAUUGCAGAUGUCAGACAAGUCGGUCAAGGUCCAAGGGUUCCGAUUCAGGAACGUUGGCUUUGAGCGUGGCUUAGUAGUGACCUCGGGCGAUGACACGCCGGUGGAAACUCGACUUAGCUGUAGGCCGCACGAGACCAUCCCAGGCCAAUUCCAGUUCACCAUCUUUUCGACCACUACUGGGAAGUCCUGGACUAAGCACUGCGGCGGCACAAUUUCUCUCGAAUAUGCCACUGCAGAGAGCGAAGUUGAGAGCUCCCCUGUGGAUCCUGCUUGGACUCAGCAGUCUGAGGCUUACAAGAAUCUCGCCAGAAAUGGAGCCGUUGAGGAGGUGGAUGUCGACACUUUCUACGACCAUCUGCAGACUAUCGGGAUGGAAUAUGGCCCUCUUUUCCGCAACGUGGUCUCACUGACGGCAGUCCCGUCGCAGAAGUCUUCCUAUGGGGAGGUCAUCGUCCCCGACACGCUGUCAGUCAUGCCGGCAAACUUCGAGUACCCGCACGUCAUGCACCCCGCCACGAUGGACGCCAUUUUCCAUCUCCUUCUGGCUGCCGUCAACGACGGUAAGCCUGUCGACGAGGCAGCGGUGCCUUACAGCAUUGAGGAUAUGUUCGUUGCCGCCGAACAGCCCCAGGGCGCGGGCAGUCGGUUCUCCGGCUAUGGCAACCUCGGCUAUGUUUCCCAAGACGGCCAUGAGAUUGUCGGAAACUUGAUCGUUUCUGAUGAGGCCUGGUCUGCACCCAAGCUCAUUGUCAAGGGAUUCGCUCUGCGCAAGGUCACAUCUGCCGAUGGCCCUGGUUCUGAUGCUGCGAGGGCCCAGAACAAGUGUGCUCGUGUUGAGUGGAGCGAAGAUAUUGACUUUAUAAAGUCUGAUCGGGAUAUUGUGAGGCUUCAGGGUCAAGAGCAGAGUCUUCUCGGUUCGUGGCUAGACCGCCUGACUCACAAGAAGCCUGUAGCUGAAGCUCUCGUGGUCUUCGGGGAUGGCUCCGUCAACGCUUCUCACGUUCUGCAUGACGUACAGACUCGUACUCGCCAACGCGAAGGGCUUACGAAGACCACUUUUGUGACGACAAGUGUUGAAGAGCUGGAGUCACUGCGGUCUAAGAACCCGGGAUCCAGCCCAGAUAUUGGGCUCUGGAACAUUGCGACCAAGGCUGAAGAUCUCCCUGCUGGAGACAACACCCAGGACCUGGUUUUGAUGGUGGCAUCUAGUGUCGCCAAAGACACUCACACCGUCAUUGCUGAGGCCCAGCAGAUGUUGCGCCCCCAAGGGCAACUCGUCAUUGUCUCAACUGGUGCAUUCAAGAGCGAAGUAAAGGCCAUUUUGGAGACCGAGAAGCUUUCAAACAUCAUUGAGGUCUCGCAUGGCUCUGAUGUCGUCUUCAUGGCGGCAAAGAAGGCCUCCGAAUCCGUCUCUGAGACUGAGGAGAUACCCUCCGAAGUCCACCUACUCGUCCCGGCCCAGCCAUCCGCCUCGGCAUCUGCUUUCGCAUCAAGUCUCACCGCGAUUCUCUCCUGUUCCAAUGUCACGGUGCAUUCCACAACCCUUGACCCUAGCAACAUGGGUAGCCUAACCGGAAAACACGUCAUAUCUCUCCUCGAACUCGAAUCACCUCUCAUCUACUCUUGGAAUGAAGAACAAUUCACUUCUUUCAAGUCACUUGUAUCCUCUAUGGAACACCUCUUCUGGGUCACCCGAGGCGGUGUCAUUGAGUCCUGGGCUAACGGGGUCGAGUUUGCUCCUGCUCAGGGUUUGCUGCGUGUCAUGCGCAAUGAGUACUCCUUGUCGUCGUUGCCGCACCUAGAUCUAUCCGGCGCUUUCGACAUUACCAACAAUGAAAACGCCUCUUUGGUUGCUAAUGUCUGGCGAGCAUCGCUGGGCAAGGAAGCGGAGAUGGAGUACGCCGAGUUCCAAGGUGCUAUUCACAUUCCUCGCGCACUCGAAGAGUCUGGUUUUGAUGGCGACUUGCAACUGGCUAGCGGUCUUGCGAAGCCUGUGCGAAGCUCGUUGGCUGAAGUCGGGAAACCCAUGAAGCUCGACCCAGCUGUUGAGUCUGACUUUCUCUGGGUUGAAGACGAAGAAGCCGGUUCGACACUGCAACCUGACGAGGUCGAGAUCCGGGUGGAGUUUGUGGGCAUGCCGGCCUCAUCUUCCGCUGUUAGUGAAGCCGCCGUCCCAUCUCCUUCCUCGGCCCAAGAAGCCGUUGGUAUCGUUGUGAGCUGCGGUGACCACGUCAAGACCGUCAGCGCCGGCGACCGAGUGGUGGUUUUUGGAACGAACACGUGCAAGACUCACGUCCGCCAGCAAGAGUCACUCGUCGCACCUAUUCCGGCCGGGCUUCUCCCAGAGCAAGCGGCCGCUCUUCCCCAUGCCUUCAUUGCGGCUCAGUACUCUCUCCUCAACGUUGCCAGUCUGGGCAGUGGACAGAAGGUACUCAUCCACGAUGCCGCCAGCGCGUUGGGCCAAGCAGCAGUGCAGGUGGCCAAGUCAGCUGGUGCUGAGGUGUUCGCCUUGAUCGCGACCAAGGAGCAAAAGGAGAUUCUCACCGAAAGAUUCGGGAUUUCUACGGCAUGCAUAUUCGACUCCAACUUGCAAUACUUCCUCGGCGCCAUCGAGCAGGUCACCAACGGUCAGGGGGUAGACGUGAUUCUCAGCGGCGGCGAUCACGGCCCUUCUGUCUUGGCAUCCGUGAACAUUCUUGGAGAGUUUGGCUUCUUCGUUGAUCUGGCUAUUUCGACCUCGAACACUCCUGAAAUCAUUCUGCCCGCUCACAAGCGCAACGCCACCCUCGCCCGCAUCGACAUCGACCGCGUGCAAAAGGCCAGGCCCGAGGUCGUUAAGUCGUUAUUCCAGAAGGCGUUCAGCGCCCCGAUUGCGCCAAUCAGCCCAACCGCUGUCUUCUCCGUGACUGACACCGCUCAGGCAGUCGACUGGGUCUCUCAACAUCAGCACGGUCAAGCGGUACUUGCAAUCAAGGAAUCGGCUCAGGUCUUGACUCCCCCUGCUCCUGCACAGAAGCUGGCUUUGGAUGAGCAGGGCACAUAUGUCCUCGCUGGUGGACUGGGAGCGCUCGGUCUCGACAUCGCUUCCAUGAUGAUUGACCAUGGUGCCAAACACCUGGUCUUCUUGUCAAGGUCUGGCGGCAGCAAGAACGAAGCCGACUUGGAGGGAUUCCGCAGCCGAGGCAUCAUUGCUGAGGCUUUCAAGUGCGAUGUGAACGACACUGGUAGUGUGGUGCAAGUCUUUGGCAAGCUGAAGGAUGAGGGCCGGGUUAUCAAAGGACUGAUCCAAUGCGCGAUGGUCUUGGAGGACAGCAUCUUCGACAACAUGACGCACGAGAAAUGGACCCGCGCAUUCAUGCCCAAGACGCGGGGAUCUCGUAACCUCCUCGCUCAACUCUCGGCGAGUGACGCUCCCUUCUUCAUCAUGCUCUCGUCCAUCACGGGCGUCAUUGGAAACACGGCCCAGGCCAACUACGCAUCCGGUAACACUUUCGAAGAUGCGCUCGCCCACUACGCGCGAAAGCAUCUCAACAUCGCGGCGACCAGUAUCGACGUGGGCCUGGUCUCCGACUCGUCGCACUUCACCUCGGCUGGCGAGUUUGGUGACCUCGAAAAUUACCUGCACAAGUACCAGCACGGAUGGAACGGUCUGCAAUGCACGCUCGACGAGCUUCGGAUUGCCCUGCGUGCUGUGAUGAACGGAUCUACCGCGGACGGGCAGGGAAUUCCCCCGCAGAUGGUCUUGGGCCUGGGAGACUCCUUGGCUCGGGAAGAGGGAGCUGUCGGAUUCGAGAGGGACAGGAAGUUCGACCAUCGCGUCGUCCAAUCCAGCUCCGCUGCCGGCGGCAUCGUCAAGGGCGUGAGUGUGGGCGAGAAGCUGGCCAAGGCGACCACUCUUGGAGACGCUGCCGCUGCCGUUGAGGAAAGCCUGAAGACACAGGUUGCGGCGGCCAUCGGCGUCGAGAUUGAUGAGGUGGACGGACAGAAGCCGCUCCCAGAGUUUGGAGUUGACUCCCUCAAGGCCGUCGAGAUGCGGAACAGAGCCCUGCGAGAGAUGCAGAGUGACGUCUCUGUCUUCGAGUUGUUGAGCGCAACCCCGCUGACUGAUCUGGCCGCUAAGAUUGCAGCAAGAAGCACACUGUUGAAGUUGGAGGUCGAGAAGACGGAUGUGUGA